CUGCAGGGGAUCAUGAGCGCAGAGGGCAACCUGCACAACCCCGCCCUGUUUGAGGGCCGCAGCCCUGCCGUGUGGGAGCUGGCCGAGGAAUACCUGGACAUCGUGCGGCAGCACCCCUGCCCCCUGUCCUGCGUCCGGGCCCACCUCUUCAAGCUGUGGCACCACACGCUGCAGGUGCACCGGCAGCUUCGGGAGGAGCUCGCCAAAGCGAAGACCCUGGAGGGCGUCGCGGCCGUGAGCCAGGAGCUGAAGCUGCGGUGUCAGGAGGAUAUGUCCAGGCAGAAGGAGGGAGAGAAGCCCCCUGGCGGCUUGCCUUUCUUCCACUGGAUCUGUCAGCCCUAUUUCCGGCCAGGGCCCAGGGAAGGGAGCAAGGAGAACGGGGGUGCCCGCAGCAAGCGGGCCCUGGAGGAAGAGGAGCCUGGCACAGAUGUCCUGUCCAAGAACAAGCAGAAGAAGCAGCUGAGGAACCCCCACAAGACCUUCGACCCCUCGCUGAAGCCAAAAUAUGCAAAGUGUGAUCAGUGUGGAAACCCAAAGGGCAACAGAUGCGUGUUCAACCUAUGCCGGGGCUGCUGCAAGAAGCGAGCUUUCAGAGAGGCCGCAGAUUGCCCAGGUCACGGAUUGCUCUUUAAAACCAAAUUGGAGAAGUCUCUGGCCUGGAAGGGGGCCAGGCAACUUUCCUGAGGUGGUGGGCGGCGCCCUGGCCUGAAGGGCAGCUGGAGCCCGACAUGCAGCCCCCCACCCGAGGCCCCGGGGCUGCUGCUGAAGCCUCACCACGUCCCGCCGGAGGAAACGCCUUUACUCAGGGAAUCUCCCGCUACUCCACACACGGAAGGAUGAGCUGGUCUUGCCCUCUCCUACGCCGGGAGCCCGGAAAUGCUGCACCGGGGAGCAGGCUCCCAGGCUGGACCUGCCCCCUCCUAGCAACGUGUGUGUUCAAAAGCGAACAAUAAAUCAUUUCAAA